GAUUAAUGAAGCAGAUUUCUAUUCAUAAUAGUCGCAUCAUUUAGUUGUUUGAUUAGAACAUAGUAAUGAGUAGUAAUAAUACAGUAGUCUGUGGACACACUGGAGGUAGAAAGAAAACAUCUGUGAGCAUUUUAUUCAAGCCAGCAAGCCAGGUGAGCUAAAUGGAAAGAGUUCAAUGUUCUUUUUGCAAUGAUGUUAUGUCAAAAAGUGGUACAGGAAUGACCAUGCAUAUAAAGAAAUGUAGGAAAUUUCCAGUUGAAGUCAAAUACAAAUUUUAAAAUGAUGACACAGACAUGUCAAAAAAAAUCAUGAGAUUUUCAUCAAAACAUUCAGAACCAAUUUCUAAAAGUGGUAUAUCCUGUUUAAUGUUUGAUAGCAUGAAACAAUGUGAAAAGGAAUCAAUCGAUGUACAUCUAUCUAGAGCUAUUUACACAAGUGGGUCACCCAUGAGUUUAGUUGAUAAUAAAUACUGGAAAACCUUUUUAAAUAGCUUAUGCCCAGCUUAUCAGCUCCCAGCAAGGUAUAAAGUAUCAAACACACUUUUGGAUAAAGAAUUCAAUAGAAUAUCAAGCAAUGUUAAAGAAUUAAUUGCAAUAGCAGACUCUGUAGGACUUAUGUGUGAUGGAUGGAGUAAUACUAGAAAUGAAGCAGUUAUCAACUUUGUGUUGAUAUUGCCUUUAUCAUUGCCUAUUUUAUGGAAAUCACUACCUUCAGGUUCAUCAAGUCAUUCUGGUGAAUACAUAGCAGAUGAAAUACGUAAGGUAUUACAAGAAAUUAAUCCUAAAAAAGUUAUGGGAAUAGUAACAGAAAAUGCAGCAAGCAUGAAAAAGGCAUGGAUGCUAUUAAAAAACAGCUAUCCUCUUCAUAAUUGCUAUGGAUGUAUAUCUCAUGGUCUCAAUUUGCUUUUUAAUGAUUUCAUAAAAAUACCUACUCUUUGUGUGUUAAUGUCACAAGCAACAGAUAUUGUAAAGGAAAUCAAACUUAAAAAAAGAGGAAGUAGAAAUGAAAGAACUAUUUGCUAA